AUGGCGAAUGAGAGUAGCAUUCUUGGACUCGCGAUCACCGAGCUACGGCUAGGUCUUCCCGGAGAUAUCACUGUCUCCGGAAAGAAGAGGGCUUCUCCGGAAGCUGAGAGAGGCUUGAAAUGUGAACGGGCGACAAAGAGUCAAGCUGUGGGUUGGCCACCGGUUUGCUCGUACCGGAGAAAGAACAGUCUCGAACAGACCAAAACUUCGUACGUGAAAGUGAGUGUAGACGGAGCUGCAUUUUUAAGGAAGAUCGAUUUGGAAAUAUACGAAUGUUACCGAGAUCUCGCUUCCGCUCUGCAAAGUCUUUUCGGAUGCUCUAUCAGUUUUGAUGAUGCUUCAAAGGAAAGUGAAUGCGUACCAAUAUAUGAGGAUAGAGAUGGAGACUGGAUGCUUGCGGGAGACGUUCCUUGGGAAUUGUUCCUUGGAUCAUGCAAGAGGUUAAGGAUUAUGAAGAGAACAUGUAACAGAGGAUGAAUGGUUUUAUCACUUUAUGAGCCUUAAAGAAAUCUUGAUAUACAUAUUUACAGAGGAUGACCAGCA